AUGCCUUUGCCAGAGAGAUAUAAAGUCACCCUGUCACCCAAGAGUUGCCAGACACACCAGCAUCAGUUGGAGCAACUUCCCAGCCCUCAGGAAGGAGAAGCAGCCAGCAAGAAGAUGGUCGGGACUACCUUGCAGAAAUCUCAGAAGGUCUUCGCUGCAUCCAGGCAUCUUCACAAAGCGGCCGCUAAAGCUGUGGAGAGGAAUGCGCCCGAGGAGACCAUCACCGGCAGCUUUGCCUCCUUCAUCCACGCCGUCCGCCCCAGUCACCUCACCGAUGUGGUCCGUCACCGGAGCAAGCGGAUGAUCCUGGACAGCAUCGGGGUGGGGCUGGUGGGCAGCACGACCCACGUCUUUGACAUUGCUCUGCGGUAUUGCCAGAUGUUCCCUUCCAGCCCUGUGAGCUCUGUCUAUGGAAGGAAAGGUCUCAGGCUCUCCCCUCCUCUGGCGGCCUUUGCCAACGGCGUGGCGGCUCAUUCGAUGGACUUUGAUGACACCUGGCACCCAGCCACGCAUCCUUCAGGAGCCAUUGUGCCGGCUCUCCUGGCUGCCUCGCAGAUGGUGCCGGCCAUUUCCAGACCCAGCGGUCUUGACUUCCUGCUGGCUUUUAACGUGGGCAUUGAGGUGCAAGGGAGACUCCUGCGCUUCUCCCGUGAAGCUCACAACAUUCCCAAGAGGUUCCACCCUCCCUCUGUGGUGGGCACCAUGGGGAGUGCCGCCGCCACGGCCAAGAUCCUCUCUCUGAACGCAGCCCAGUGUGGCCACGCUUUGGCCAUCGCAGCCUCGCUGGCCGGGGCACCCAUGGCCAAUGCUGCCACCUUGGCCAAACCUCUUCACAUUGGCAACGCCACCCGCCUGGGCCUAGAAGCAGCACUCCUGGCCGCCCGCGGGAUGGAGGCCAACCCUCUCAUUCUGGACGACGUCCCCGGCUGUGCUGGCUUCAGUGCCUUCUACGGUGACUACCAGCCCAGGCCGCUCGUGCUGGCAGCCAACAGCCAUGAGUUCCUCCUGGAGAAGCAGGAUAUUGCCUUCAAGAGCUUUCCCGCUCAUCUGGGCAUGCACUGGGUGGCGGAAGCCGCCCUCUCCGUCAGGAACCUUUUAAUCAACUGUUCCGGCUCUCCCUCCCCCUCGACGAUCCACACCGUCGUCCUGAGAGUCCCGGGGUCCAAGUAUAUCAACAGGCCCUUCCCAAGUUCUGAACACGAGGCCAGGCACUCCUUCCAGUUCAACGCCUGCACUGCCCUCUUGGAUGGCCAGCUGAGCACCUCUUCCUUCAGCGGCAGCAGCAUCCACCGCCAGGAUCUGAGGCAGCUGCUCUCCAAGGUGCUGGUGGAGCAUCCAGAGGACAACUCGGCCAACUUUGACAAGAUGUAUGCAGAAGUGGAGCUCCGGCUGCAGAAUGGCGACAUCCUGACGGGCCGCUGCGACACCUUCUAUGGGCACUGGAGGAAGCCCCUGAGCAGAGAAUCCCUCCUGAGGAAAUUCCGAUCCAACGCUUCUCCAGUGCUUCCAGAAAGCAACGUUGACAGCAUCAUCAACACAGUGGACGACCUCGAGAAUCUCCCAGAUAGUUCUUUGUUGACUGCAUGCCUGUAA